GGGCCGUCUUGCACAAACUCACAUAAGACGAAUAAGAAGGGCAGCUUCAAGUUCGUCAUAAGCGCCUUAUGUCGACCACUUGGAAAGCUUCGCCGCUCGGGCGGACGUGGGAACUGCCUGUCUUGACUCUUGAAGCUUGAGAACUCAUUCAACACAUAAUCAUACACGCAGCUAGUUCGUCCAUUUUACGAUUGAAGGGCACAGGGAGACUAUCCUACUACUCGUUCGGAAUUUGCACCCGAUCAUCGAGACCUUCGGACAACGACUCAGAGAUUCCGAAAGUACAUUUUUUUGACCGUAAGAAUCGGUCCUACUUGAUGAUGGUUUUCACUUCCAUAGACAUCAUUCCUAGGGGUGGAACCACCCUCGUUGAGCAGUGUCGCACAGACAUAGACAAAGAUAUCGCUGCACUAUUUGCGUCCUUGAGCGCCCUUCGCUCUCGCAGGAAUGCUCUUGCCUCUAUAUUUUCCCUUCCACCCGAGGUUCUCGUGAAUAUCUUCAUAUACUUCGUAGAAGAGGGGAAUUUCAAGAUUUAUACGGGCAUACCCCGCCGUGGUGGUGCUCCUAUUCUAAUGAUAGUCACACACGUUUGCAGGCACUGGCGCCAAGUUGCCCUCGAGUGCCCGAGUCUUUGGACAUUCAUCGACAUUGACUGUCUCUCUGCUCCUUGGGUACCCAUCAUGCUUGAGAGGUCGAAGAAAGCUGCUUUGGUUGUCAUAUACAAUGAACCGUCCUCGCCAGAAUAUUGGCCACUGGUGCAACUUCUUUCGCAGUUGCCUCGAAUCAAAGUCCUCAAGUUGUGCACAUUCUCAAUUGUUGUCGAUCUCAUUUUGGACUGCUUAUCAUCGGAGCCCGCCCCGUUGCUUCAGAUAUUCAAUUACAAGGUCCUGGGGAACCAUGAUCCGAGAAUUUCCGUCAGGCCCAUAUCAGACUCCAUUUUUCAAGGACGUGCCCCUCUACUUCGGAGCGUCGAGCUGGCAGAAUGUGCAUUCAUCUUGACAUCGCACGUUUUUAGCGGGCUUCAGACACUAGAUUUGAGACAAAUCGGGCCUUCUCCUCAUCUUACCCUGUCGCAGCUCCACUCAGCUCUGAAACGUAUGCCUGAUUUGGAGCUGCUUACACUUUUUCUGUCGUCCAGAAUUUCUGAGGACACCGAGCUCUUCGACCAAGUUCCGCUCACUCGGUUGAGAAGGAUAGUGUUGAAUGGCUGCGCCAUCCGAACCGCUGUAUCCCUCUUCUCACACCUAGUCCUUCCUGUUGAUGCCAGCAUCGCUCUAUGCCUCACAGAGAUUGAAAGCCCACAAAGCUUUUCUGAUCUAUUUUCUGCCAUCCACAAGGACCCUGACAGAUCUUUUCCCAUCAUUCGGUCCCUGCAUGCCAAAUUUACGGACGAUACAGUCAGUGUCCAAUUCAGCACGUCAUUGGCGUACAUUCGUAACAGGGAUAUAGUACGACUCUCCAUCCAAUUCGAAUAUGCUAGCGACUCUGCCAUCAUAUUUGGCAUGUGUCGGAUGGUCCCGCAUCACAAGAUCCAAAAAUUGUAUAUAUCAACCUCCCUUGAUCUCUCGCAAGAUUUCUGGCGCGCAGGGUUCGCCCACCUUCCGGAGCUUGAAAGUGUCAAUCUGAGAAGGACAUCCAUUGCAGGCUUUAUCCUUGCGCUCAUGCCUGUAGGCGUGUCCAUGGCCUGCCCCUUACUCCGUGCUCUGGAUAUUUAUGAUACCGAUAUCGGAUGCGAUGAACUUAGAGACCUUCGGGAGAUUGCCAGAAUGCGAGCCAAAGGUGAUGUUUGCAUACAAAAACUCGGAUUGAUGGACUGCAGGAAUGUGACGGAAGGAAAUGUGCAACUCCUUGAGAGAGUAAUUGCAUAUGUUGAAUGGGAUGGGCAUGAAGAUGUGUUGAUGAACAGCCACGGCGGCUGUAUUUGUCCCACAUGCUUGGACUCGGAUGAUUCAGAAGAUUCGUCUGCCGAUGCGCAUUCGGAGGACUAG